AUGGCAUCACGCAGUGAUGGCGACCAGUUUACGUUUGCCUCACAGGCACAUGUGCGUAAUGCAUGUGAUGCCUGUCACAAACGUAAGAUUCGCUGCAUUGCAUCGAGAAAUGGCGGUCCAUGCCACAAUUGCCAGUCGAGAGGACUUCCGUGCUUCUUUUUGCCCCGCUACAAAAGCGGCCGACCACGAAUGCACCGGAAUUAUCCUUCGGAGGAUACAAUCAUCGGCAGUACGACCACCAUGUCCAUGCCCAUGGAAACUCCAACCAACAAUGCCAGCCCGAUCUCGCCGGCGCACGACGAAAUCCUGGGAAGAAAACUCCCGCGAGCGAUCGCCCGAAGCAACAAGGAUGACCCCUUCAGUUGGAACUGGUCCUGGAGAUACGGAUUACCGGGCUCGCCCCAAGUUCAAACUCAAAAUUAUCCCGGGAUAGAUGCCGGUUUUCCGGACAUGCAACCCGGUCAAUCGAUUGAAUCCACGUUCCUAGAUUUUGCUGGACCGUCGCAUCGGACUUCCGACAUUCAACAGCCUGGAGAGUUUCCUGAUGCACAAACUCCGACAUGGUCGACGACUUCACAACACGACUCUUUUGGCAGUGGCAUUCAGUACGAGAUCUCCAAAGAAAAAGACUUCUCGAACUUGCUGGAACAUUGUAGAAGACUCCAGCGCCAUCUCACACGGAUGGCAGAUAUCUGUCCUACACAAUCAGACUGUGGUAGCUUGUCACCGGAAGAGAAACCAAAAGUCUCAGAUUCUGAGUUACAUGAGAUGCUUGAAGACAUCGAUACUAGCUGCAAGCUCAUGUUCGAUAUGUGCGAUGACAAAAAACCAUCAAAACCAGUUCCAGACCUAGCUAAAACUACUCUGGACCCGGCUUCUUCAUCCUUAAUUUCGGCUAUUGCCUUUAAGGUUUUUCAGAUUUGCGAUGUUCUUUUCCACAACCAGGCCUCAAAAAACCAACUAAUGAGGGACAUUCUCUUGCAAAAGAGGCUUGAUUUCAACAUCACUCAGGCGAGGAUCGUAAUGGAACGCAUUGAACAGUUAACGGAGAGAGGCUUACUGGUUUCACGGGAGCUAUCGAAGAAGGCUGUAAAUACAGAGAAACUCUUCAAAUAA